GUGCAGCUGCUGUGCACCGUUAUUAUGUUGUAGAAAGCUGUAUCGUAAGAUACAUAUUUUUUUUCUUUAUUAAAAACAAAAUUAAAACAAAGUUAUGCAUUUAUAAGCUUUUCGGUAUCCAGACAGGCAGGUUAGAGUUUGUUUUGCGGCUGUGUUGGAGCUUUACUCGGAGGCGGAAGUGCGUUUUGAGCGGCGAAUCAUCCGACAUCGAUUCGAUCUUCAGCAUGGACACAGAGACAGUACCGGAGACCCGGACGCCGCUGGGCCCGCUCACCCCCGCCCACCAGAACGGCGAGAACGCAGGCGCUCUGGAUUUCUCUAAGCUCACACCGUCUCAGUUCGGCAUCACCACAAGCAGUUUCACGGCUUCUUUCCCCAAAGACAAAGAUAAAUCCAGAGUGGCCCAGCUGAAGGCCAGGAGAAGAUCCACCAUCGGAGUCAGAGGAUCCCCCGAGACCAACUCGCUCAUCUGCUACCGAGCCAAACAGGCCAUGAAGACGCCUCCUCGCACCCCUCAGCACUUGCUGGAGAGUCCUCUGUUUUCGGGACGCGACUCCAUAAAGCAGAAGAUGGCCGCGUUCCAGCGUCUGAUGGGAGCGGACGAGGAGAAUACACAACGCUCUGUAUCUCCGAUGGAGGAGGGAAAGGAAGAGGGCGAGGGAGCGGCCCAGUCCGACGUCGAUGGUGGCUCCGAGCAGAGGGAGAAUCGGCUUGCUCCUGUAACCCCUCCUCUAUCGAAGAGACGACGCAGGGGAACUCCUCACCGGAGCAUGUGGGAGGAGCCUAUCGAGGAGGAGGCUCUCCCACAAACUAUAAACCAUGAGCCGCAGGUCGAGUUUAAAAGCCCGAGGAUGGCGCCGGGUUUGGGUUUGGACUCGCAGUCUCAGCUCAUGUCUCUACCCAUGCUGUCCAAACCUGAGCUGAUGAAAACGGGUGACGUGGAGGUCUCCUGCCCGUCCAAAAAGAAGCGCGUGCGCUUCGGCGCACCCCUCUCCCCGGAGUUCUUCGAUAAAAAUCUGCCCCCGAGCACCCCACUUCAGAAAGGUGCCACGCCCGCGUGCUUGCCCUCAUCCACCGGGCGCAAACACUCCCUCCUCAAGACGCCACAGAGGUUCGAGCCGCCUCUGCUUCAGCCAGAUUUCGGCAGCCCUCAAAGAAACGGGGCGUCUCCGGUCCUGAGCACGCGCACCCACGGGGACGGAGGGGUGGACGGCGAUGAGGACGAGGUGUUUCUUCUCAACCAAAAGAUCUCCUUCCCCAUCAUGGAUGAGGAGUAUGACGAUCCACCGAAGGACACUACAGCUUCGGCUGAAAUUAGCGAACUCGCCGCGCAUUACGAGCCGCUCGCUAAAGACCCCGAAAUCACAGACUCCGCCUUCCAGAACGAUGAAGAAACACGACUUUCCGUUACUGCUGCUCCUGAUCAUCCGACAGAAGAACCAGAGCUGAAAACCGUACAAGAAGUCCAGCACGAGCCCCUGAAGACUCCCGAGUCCUCUGCUGGAGCUCCACGUCCUCGUGGGAGAAAAAGGAAGCAACCAGCAGAGCCCGAGGUGACGGAGACCAGAAGGAGCUCUCGCUCGGCCGCCGAGUCCGCCAAGGGCAAAAUGAAGACCUCAUCAGCGAAGAAGCGUUUCGGGAGUAAGGAGGUGGACCGCUCGCUCUACGGCAAGAGAGACUACGCUUCGAAAAACCCUCUGCUCAGCCCCAUCAUCGAGGCAGCCGGCUCCAGCCUGAACAGCACCCCGGUACAACCACACACGGGCAGGAUCACACCCGCUACAGAUGAGGAUCCCAACUCUUGUCCAGCUUCAGCUCGCAGCACUAAACAGAGUAACUCGGUACCGACCGAAGCUGUGGCGGACCUGGUGGCCGCGGCAGCUCUGUGGCGCCAUCGCUACUUACGUCAGAACAAAGACAGUGACUCAGACAAGAACCUAAGUGACCGGGGCGAUCACGCUGUCCUCCCGGAUGUUCCCGUCCAAUCAGAAGCCUCCGCCGAGUCCUCUGUCGUGCCUGCCGAUAAAAAAGCGAGCGUGGGUAGAGGUGUAGGAAGAAGACGAAACUCGGCAAGCCAUCGCAAGAGCUGGAGCGGCGCCAAGGAUGAGCCUGAGGUCAGAGAGCAGAAAACUGAGCUCCAUCCAUCAGGAUCGAACCCGGAGGCUGAAGAACAGGGAGAGCAAUUGAAUCAGAGCACGGAAAGGAAAUCAGGGCUGAUAGCUCCGAGCAGAGGACGGCAGAGAGGAAGGAGGAGCGGCAGAAUAAAUAAUUGUGUGGUGAAGGAAGAGGGCGAGGUAGAGGAAGGACAAGGUUUAAAGGUGAUGUGUAAGGACAUGGUGGAGUCUUCCGGAAGCGAAAGAGAGGAAGUGGAGAAGAAAGACCUCGAGAGCGUAAAAGAGGCUUCAGAACAUGAAGGUGAGGAGAAGAACGAUGAGAACGUGAAAGAAGCUGCAGGACAUGAAGAAGAGGAGAAGAAGAACAUCGCAGUAUGGGAUCCACCUUCAGCGCCAGCGGAAAUCCUCGAGCCGUGGCAGCAGCCUGACUUCUGCAUCGAAGACGUCCUGAAGCCCGUAUCGAAGAGCCGAGUCUCGGUGAGACGCAGCCUGAGAAACCGCAGGAGCAUGGACGUCCUGUCCAAAGGUCUCGCCUGGGUGGAGCACACAUCCCCGCAGAUGAUCACCGCAACCCAGAGGAGGAGAACGCGUGGCAGACUGAGCGCCGUCUCUCAGCCGCCUCCUGACUCUGAGGAAGUGCAGAGCCACCAGUGACUCCAGCAUGAGACUGAACUCUGGUGUUUUAUGUUUUUUUGUGUUUUUUUUUUUUUCUUUUAACCUGAAUUUUAUUUAGAUUUUAAAUCUGGUUUGUUAGAUUUGUUGUUCUCAGAAUCCACACUUCUUUACACUUGCUCUGAUUGCUCUGUAGAAGAAUCGUACGUUGAUCACAUCGUUGUUUAUCUGCAUAAGUUUUUUAAAAAUUUUAUAUUGUUUAUUGUUCUUAUAUAACACUUACAUAAUAUGUACAACUACA